AUGGGAGUCCAUGAGGCCACUCUUGGGCCCUUGUUCCGCCGGUCCGAGCCGUGUGACCAGCGAUAUCUGGUCAUCCUGCCCCUUGGCUGUGACUCAGACCCACUGCUCGUGGCCGCUGGGCCUGGCCUGGCUCUGAAAGGAAUAGCCAUCCUCCGGGCGCUGAGCCGGGCCUGGGUACCGGCCUCUGGUCCUCGCUGCGCCACAGCAUCCUCCGUGGCCUUGGCCCAGCGCAGGCUGGAGGAGAUGAUGGCCAAGGAGGAAUUCCCCUCCCUGCUGGAAGGGCUGGGCCUCCGCAGCGUGGGCUGUGGGUCGGGUGGAGGGAGGGCCGCACGUCCCCCUGGGUGCCUGGCUGGCGGGCCGUGGGGUCCCAGUCGGCCGCUCGCCUGCAGCAGCGUGACUCCGACAGGUUGCUCUCCUCUCCGCCUCCACGUGCCUGCCACCUGUGAGAGCUCCACGCAGGAGAUCGGCGAGGAGCUGGUCAACGGGGUCGUCUACUCCAUCUCCCUGCGCAAGGUGCAGGUGCACCCCGCGGCCAGCAGGGGCCAGCGCCGGCUCGGGUGUGAAAAUGAGUCGGCCCUGAGCCUGUACGAGACCUGUAAGGUGCGCACGGUGAAGGCGGGCACGCUGGAGAAGCUGGUGGAGCACCUGGUGCCCGCCUUCCAGGGCAGCGACCUCUCCUACGUCACCAUCUUCCUGUGCACCUACCGGACCUUCACCACCACCCAGCAGGUCCUGGACCUGCUGUUCAAACGAUACGGAUGCAUCCUCCCUUACCCCCACGAGGACGGCGGGCCCCAGGACCACCUGAGGAAUGCCAUCUCCUCCAUCCUGGGCACCUGGCUGGACCAGUACUCAGAGGACUUCUACCAGCCCCCGGGCUUCCCCUGCCUCAAGCAGCUGGUGGCCUACGUGCAGCUCAACAUGCCUGGCUCGGACCUGGAGCGCCGCGCGCACCUGCUCCUGGCUCAGCUGGAGAGCACAGAGCUCACAGAGGCGGAGCUGGAGGCUCUAUCACCAGCUCCAGCGCUAGAGCCAGCUCCAGCACCAGUUCUAGCACCCAGUCCUGUGCCAACUUCAGAGCAGGAGCCAGCUCCAGCGCCCAGUCUAGCGCCAGCUCUAGCGUCCAGUCCUGUGCCAACUUCAGAGCAGGAGCCAGCUCCAGCGCCAGCUCUAGCGUCCAGUCUAGCGCCAGCUCUAGCGCCCAGUCCAGUGCUGGCAUCAGAGCAAGAGCUAGUGCUGGCUGGAGAGCCUGAGCCCGCUCUUGAACCAGCUCCAGAGCGAGAGCCAGCCCCGGGACCCACUCCAACAGCAACUGCAGAGCUGGAACCGGCUCUGUCGCAAACUCUGGAGCUAGAGCCAGCUCCCGCACCAGGGCCUCCCUGGCCUUCGCCUGUGGCUGCAGAGAACGGGCUCAGCGAGGAGAGGCCUCACCUCUUGGCGUUUCCUCCCUACCUGGUGGCGGAGCAGUUCACCCUGAUGGACGCGGAGCUGUUCAAGAAGGUGGUGCCCUACCACUGUCUGGGCUCCAUCUGGUCCCAGCGGGACAAGAAGGGCAAGGAGCACCUGGCUCCCACCGUCCGGGCCACCGUCAGCCAGUUCAACAGUGUGGCCAACUGCGUCAUCACCACCUGCCUCGGGGACCGGAGCGUCACGGCCCGGGCCCGGGCCAGGGUGGUGGAGCACUGGAUCGAGGUGGCCAGGGAGUGCCGGGUCCUCAAGAACUUCUCGUCCCUCUACGCCAUCCUCUCCGCGCUGCAGAGCAACUCCAUCCACCGGCUGAAGAAGACGUGGGAGGAAGUGUCCAGGGACAGCGUGCGCGCCUUCCAGAAGCUGUCGGAGAUCUUCUCGGAUGAGAACAACUACUCGCUGAGCAGAGAGCUGCUGGUCAAGGAGGGGACCUCCAAGUUUGCCACCCUGGAGAUGAACCCCAAGAGAGCCCAGAAGCGGCCGAAGGAGACGGGUGUCAUCCAGGGCACCAUCCCCUACCUGGGCACGUUUCUCACGGACCUGGUGAUGCUGGACACGGCGAUGAAGGACUACCUGUAUGGGAGACUGAUCAACUUCGAGAAGAGGAGGAAGGAAUUCGAAGUGAUCGCCCAGAUCAAGCUGCUGCAGUCCGCUUGCAACAACUACAGCAUCGAGCCCGAGGAGCAGUUCGGGGCCUGGUUCCAGGCCACAGCGCGGCUCAGCGAGGCCGAGAGCUACAGCCUGUCCUGUGAGCUGGAGCCCCCCUCCGAGUUGGCCAGCAACACCCUGAAGGCCAAGAAGAGCACGGCCAUCGUCAAGCGCUGGAGCGACCGCCAGGCCCCCAGCACGGAGCUGAGCACCGGCGGCAGCUCGCACUCCAAGUCCUGCGACCAGCUCAGGUGCAGCCCCUACCUCAGCGGUGGGGACAUCGCCGACGCGCUCAGUGUCCACUCGGCCGGCUCCUCCAGCUCCGACGUGGAGGAGAUCACCAUGAGCUUUGUCCCUGAGUCCCCCGACGGCCAGGAAAAGAAGUUCUGGGAGUCGGCCUCCCAGUCGUCCCCGGAGACCUCGGGCAUCAGCUGGGUGUCCCUCUACAACCAGCAGGUGGGCGACUGCUGCAUCAUCCGGGUCAGCCUGGACGUGGACAACGGCAACAUGUACAAGAGCAUCCUGGUGAGCGGGCGGCGGUGCCCCGGGCCCCCUCUGCCAGGCAGCACCGGACUGGACGCCCGCCCGUCCGCCCUCCUUCCAGCGGGUCAGGGAGGACAGGAACUGCCGUGGACUGGAGCGUUACGUGUGUUAACAUCCACUCGCACGCGUCACCACCCACCGCAGACCCAGUGCCUUAUAAACCACGGAAGCUUAUUUCUCACGGUUCUGGAGGCUGAAGUCCAAGAGCUGAAGAUCCCGGACAACGCCAACGUGUUCUAUGCCAUGAACUCUGCCGCCAACUAUGACUUUGUCCUGAAGAAACGGGCCCUCACCAAGGGGGCCAAGGUCCGGCAUGGCGCCAGCUCCACUCUCCCCCGCAUGAAGCAGAAGGGACUCAGGAUUGCCAAGGGCAUCUUCUAGCUGGUCCCUGGCACUGCCCAGCCACAGGGCUGCCCUGCCAGGCUCCAGCAGCCUGGGA